AUGUCGACCUCCAUAUUCUCGAAGACGGUGUUCACCUCGAACUAUGAGCGUAUGACAGGCAACUGUACUCGCAUUGUGGCCGCCCAGAUGGUCCGUAUCAAGUCUCCACCGAUCACAUCUUCCUCAUAUGUUCUGGACAAUGCUUGCGGUCCCGGAAUCGUGACCGAGCAAGUCAAGCUGCUCCAUCCCGAAGCCAAAAUCUUGGCUACAGAUCUAUCACCAAACAUGAUCGAGGAAUUGCAGAAGAGAAUCGAGAAUAAUAAAUGGUCGAAUGUGAAGACGGACACGCUUGACGUUCGCGACCUUUCCAAGUUGGCGGAUAAAACGUUUACUCAUGUGCUUACGAAUAUGGGAAUUUACAUGCCUAAUGAUCCGACUUCUUCACUUCAGGCGAUCAAGGAGAUGUAUCGGAUCUUGCAAUUUGGUGGCACUGCCGUGACUUCGAUGUGGGCGGAUCGCGUGUGGCUCUCUGCUUUUUCCAGAGCAGCGCUGAUGAUCCGACCACUCGAAGAGCCGUCAAACAUGCUGAAUGUGGAGCCCGAAGUCCUCAGAGGGUCGUGGCUUCUCAAGCAAAUCGAAGACGGCGGGUUUGGGAACAACGCUGAAGUCAGACCAUUUGCGACUUCCGUCAGUGCCAUUAGUCUGGAUGAGUUGGUGGAUAACAUGAUGCUGGCUGCACCAAUGCUUUUGAAGGGGUAUAGCGAGGAGGAACUUUCCCGGGCCAGACCAAUACUCAAAGAGGAAUUCACGAAAUUGCGGACGUACGAGGCGCUGGAGGGCGGAGCGGUAAGGAUUGGGAUGAAGGCUUGGAUUGGAGUUGGAUGGAAGAAGGGAGACGAGAAGGAGGUUCCAACAUAA